UAAUACGGAGUUGAUUAUGGACAAUUAUUUCCACACCACAACCUUAUAUAUACAUACCUUCAUUCCACUAUUCCAACACACAAACAAACCAAUAAUACAAUGAAAUCCUUCUCAUUUUCUCUAGUUCUAAUCUUCGCCCUUUUCUCGAUUUCCACCAAUGCAGCCACGAUAACCGUGACCAACAACUGCCCCUACACCGUAUGGGCUGGAGCCGUGCCCGGUGGUGGUCAACAACUCGGCCAGGGUCAAACAUGGACCAUUAACCCGGCAGCAGGCACCACCGGUGGCCGUGUCUGGGGACGAACCAACUGCAAUUUCGACGGAUCGGGUAGGGGUAGUUGUCAAACUGGAGACUGCAACGGGCUCCUCCAGUGUCAGGGUUAUGGCUCACCUCCCAAUACGUUAGCUGAAUACGCGUUGAACCAGUUCAGCAACUUGGACUUUUUUGACAUUUCUCUUGUCGACGGGUUCAACGUGCCCAUGGAUUUCAGUCCCACCUCAAACGGGUGCACUCGAGGCAUCCAGUGUACCGCCGAUAUCAACGGGCAGUGCCCGAACGAACUAAAGGCUCCCGGAGGAUGCAAUAACCCGUGUACUGUGUUUAAGACCGACGAAUAUUGUUGCAAUUCAGGUAGCUGUCAAGCUACCGAUUUUUCGCGAUUCUUCAAGACUCGAUGCCCGGAUGCUUACAGCUACCCUAAAGAUGACCAAACUAGCACUUUCACUUGUCCUGCAGGAACUAAUUACAAAGUAGUGUUCUGCCCAUAAAAACUUUAACUAUUAUAAUUAACAUGCUAAAUAAGAGCUCAAUCUAGCGCAAUAAAGAAUUAAUAUGUCUGAGCUACUACAAAAUUGUAUUUGUAGGCUUCUUGGUUCAUACAUAUAAUAAUAAAAUGUUGAAUCUAAUGUUAUAAAAAAAACAUUUCCUUUUAUAA